AUGUCCUUCUCACUACUCACCGAUCUCCCCGCCUACUCCGACCUCCAGUCGCACUACCAGACCACCGGCAAGGGUCUCAUUGUCAAGGACCUCUUCGCCCAGGAUCCCAAGCGUUUCGAGAAGUUCUCGCACAGCUUUGACAAGAUCGAUGGAUGCCCCAUCUUGUUCGAUUUCUCCAAGAACAUCGUGAAUGAGGAGACUGUGCAGUUGCUUGCUGAGUUGGCCCGCCAGGCUGGUGUUGAGAAGUUGAGGGAUGGUUUGUUUUCUGGUGAGCACAUUAACUUUACCGAAGACCGCGCUGUCUUCCACCCUGCUCUCCGUAACCGCUCCAACGAGCCCAUGAAGAACAAUGGCGAGGAUGUCAUGCCUUCCAUCAACAAGGUUCUCGACCACAUGAAGGAAUUCUCCGACUCCGUCCGUUCCGGCGAGUGGAAGGGUUAUUCCGGCAAGACCAUCAAGUCCAUCGUCAACGUCGGUAUCGGUGGUUCCGACCUCGGACCCGUCAUGGUCACCGAGGCGCUCAAGCCUUACGCCAAGAGGGAUUUGGAGAUGCACUUUGUCUCCAACAUUGACGGUACCCACAUGGCUGAGACUUUGAAGGCUUGUGAUCCCGAGACUACUCUUUUCUUGGUUGCGUCCAAGACUUUCACGACUGCUGAGACUUCUACGAACGCCAACACUGCCAAGGAGUGGUUCUUGCAGACUGCUAAGGAUGAGAGCGCGAUUGCUAAGCAUUUUGUUGCUCUUUCCACUAACGAGAAGGAGGUCACCAAGUUCGGUAUUGACGCUGCCAACAUGUUCGAGUUCGGCGACUACGUUGGUGGACGUUACUCCGUCUGGUCCGCCAUCGGUCUCUCCGUCGCUCUCUACAUCGGUUUCGACAACUUUGCCGAUUUCCUCGAUGGAGCACACCAAAUGGACAAGCACUUCCGCGAGACGCCUAUCGAGUCAAACAUCCCCAUGCUCGGUGGUUUGUUGUCCGUGUGGUACUCCAACUUCUUCGGUGCGCAGACUCACCUCGUCGCGCCGUUCGACCAGUAUCUCCACCGUUUCCCUGCGUACUUGCAGCAGCUCUCGAUGGAGUCGAACGGAAAGUACGUCACCCGUACCGGUGCGCAGGUGUCUUACACCACUGGCCCAAUCCUCUUCGGUGAGCCCUGUACCAACGCACAGCACUCCUUCUUCCAGCUCGUGCACCAGGGAACUAAGCUCAUCCCCUCCGACUUCAUCUUGGCCGUCGAGUCUCACAACCCUAUUCAGGGUGGAAAGCACCAGCGUAUGCUCGCUUCCAACUUCCUCGCCCAGUCUGAGGCUUUGAUGGUUGGUAAGACGCCGGAUGAGGUCAAGGCUGAGGGUGCGCCGGAGGAGUUGGUCUCCCACAAGACUUUCUUGGGAAACCGUCCCACUACCUCGAUCGUCGCGCAGAAGAUCACCCCUGCGGCGCUCGGAGCCUUGAUUGCGUACUACGAGUGGUUGACCUUCACUGAGGGCGCUGUCUGGAACAUCAACUCUUUCGACCAGUGGGGUGUUGAGUUGGGUAAGAAGCUCGCUGUUAAGAUUUUGGGUGAGUUGGAGAGUGAGGGUGAGGCUGAGGGACAUGAUGCUUCUACGAAUGGAUUGGUGAACUACUUCAAGAAGAUGGGUGGUGCUAAGUCUGAGUAA